AUGGCGGUGCAGACUGUAAGGAAGCGAAAGGCCGCAGCACCUAAGCAGGAGGUCACUCAACACAAAAAACAAAAGAUCGACUUGGGACCGAAGCCCACGACUGAUCGUGGCAAACUCAUCGUCCCUGCCGGAGCAUUGCAAUGGAAGGACGCUACCCUACCGGACCGUCUUGAUGACUACGAAGGAUUCUUUGGGCUCGAGGAGAUAGACGACGUCGAUAUUGUCAGAGACGGAACCAGUGGCAAGGUCUCAUUCGUGUCUAAAGCACCACAGCGUGUUGAAAUCCAGGCUCGGCACAAUGGCACGACUGAGGAUGAGUGGGCUGGCUUCAGCGAUCACGAAGAUUCUGCGAGCAGUGCGGUUUCGGCCAAAAAGCCGAAGAACACCAAGAAGACUGGCUCUGAAGUUAAAGCGGUUGCACUUGCGAAGUCAGCGAAGCCUAGCAGCACACUAGCAACCGCAUUCACCGAACUUGGUGAGCACGAACAAGAUGCUGCAGUCUCGAGAGAUGUCGACGUUUCAGCCUGGCGUGAUCUCAGAUUAUCUCCCGAUACACUUGCCGCACUAUCAAGACUUGGCUUCAGUAAGCCGAGUGCCAUCCAGAAAGCCUCGAUACCUGAAAUCCUGUCCGGGCAUGAUGUGAUUGGCAAAGCCUCGACUGGUUCAGGCAAGACCUUGGCUUUUGGUAUACCGAUCCUGGAGCGCUAUCUGGAGCUACGCAAUAAGCGCACGAAAGACAACAAAGUACCUCUAGCACUGAUCCUUUCGCCUACUCGCGAACUGGCACAUCAACUUGCUCUGUGUCUCAAUGAUCUUUUCGAAAGCCCGGUCGUUGCCACUCUCACCGGAGGUCUGUCUCUGCAAAAACAGCAGAGAAUCAUGAAGCACGCGGAUAUUGUCAUCGGCACUCCUGGGCGAUUGUGGGAGAUCAUGAGUUCUGGACAAGGAACUAUGGACGCCAUGAAGCAGAUUCAGUUCUUGGUAGUGGACGAAGCCGAUCGACUUCUAAGUGAAGGCCAUUACAAGGAGCUCGAGGAGAUCCUCGAUGCGCUGGAUCGUGAGAUUGAGGCUGCAGCAGACGAUCAGGAUGAAGACGGAGAACAGGUAGACAAGAUCCACGACAGACAGAAGCAUCUUCGCCAGACUCUCGUCUUUUCAGCUACCUUCGAUCGAGGUCUACAGCGUAAGCUUGCUGGGAAAAGUAAGUCAGGCGGUGAGCUCAUGAGCAAUAAAGAGUCAAUGGAGUAUCUGCUGGCGAAGCUCAAAUUCCGCGACGAAAGCCCCAAAUUUAUCGACGCGAAUCCGGUCAGCCAGCUAGCUACUGGUCUUAAAGAGGGUCUGAUCGAGUGCACUGGCACGGAGAAAGAUCUUUAUCUUUACGCUCUGCUGAUGCUGCACUCUAAUGCCCGGGCACUGGUUUUCACGAACUCCAUUGAUGCCGUGCGGCGGAUCACACCACUACUGCAGAAUCUUGGUCUGCCAGCUGUCGCCUUGCAUUCAGGCAUGGUGCAGAAAGCACGACUACGAUCCGUGGAGCGACUCACAGAAGCUGCGGGUGGGAGGAUAUCAUCUUCGUCCAUUUUGGUAGCUACGGAUGUGGCUGCCCGUGGUCUCGAUAUUCCGAAUGUCCAGCUCGUCAUUCACUAUCAUCUGCCACGGGCAGCAGAUACAUACGUGCACAGGUCUGGCCGAACGGCUCGUGCUGGACAGCAAGGAUCAAGCAUCUUAAUCUGCGGACCAGAAGAAGUGGGUGGCGUACGCCGGCUAGUAGCUAAGGUGCACGCACGAUCCGCUGCGAACCAUGACCAGGAGGCGAGUGAUGCCGCCAAGCAAGGCUAUUACAUCCGAACAAUCGACAUUGACCGUCGCAUCGUCUCUCGCCUCCGCCCUAGAGCGACGCUUGCCAAGCAGAUCGCAGACAUGACCAUCGCAAAGGAGAAACAACAUAAGCAGGAGGAUUUCUUCCGAAACGCUGCAGAGGAGCUAGGCAUGGAGUAUGACAGCGAGGAAUUGGAGAAGCAGGAUAGUGGAAAGCGUGGCCGUGGUAGCAAACGCAAAUCGAAAGAGCGCGAAGCGCGUGAAGUUACGAAAGCUGAGGCGGCAUCAAUGCGGGCAGAGCUGAAGGCUCUGCUGCAACAGAGAGUCAAUGUCGGGGUGAGUGAGAAAUAUCUUACGAGCGGUGGCAUCGAUAUCGAGGAGCUUCUGCGGCAGCAGGACAAAGGGAAUGCGAGCACUGACUUUCUUGGUAAGACUGGGGGGCUUGGGAUGGAGUAG